AUGGCCUCACAGCAGUCUCAAUAUAAGGUUACAAAUGCAGUCAAAUUGGAAAGAACAAGAACUUCAGUAGCAGACAAAUCCAAUCCCUAUGCUGAGAUUGCUUUGAUAAACAGCCUAUCGAGCUUACUGGCUCGAUAUCUUCCAGUUGAUAAGGGGUUGAAAAUCAACAAUGUCCAAAAGCCAGCACCAAGUUACAGCAAUCAAGAUAGAAUCAACAAGAACACCUCUAGAAACAAGACAAUUAUCACAACCACGGAUACAAUCACCGAUACAAUCACCGAUACAAUCACCGAUACAAUCACCGAUACAAUCACCGAUACAAUCACGGAUAUAAUCACGGAUAUAAUCACGAAUACAACCACGCACACAACCACGAUCGCCAACACCAGCAUGAACGCUAACACCAACACGAUCGCCAACACCAACUCAAAAGUUCACAAUAGACGUCUCGGAAGGUUACUUGGAAUUACAUGCUGCUUGAUUAUUGCCAUACCAUUGGCAUUUGAGUCUUUCAAAUUGCUAAAGAUCAACGUUUACGGAGCUCGAGCUAAAGGUUUCUCGGGUAUUUCAGGACUCAAUGUUUCCGUAUUUCUUUUGAUAGCUAGUAUGUUUAUCGGUGGAACCGAAGUGUCCGGGUACGAUGAGGGAGAUUUUGGAUACAUGUUUCUAUGCCUUGGAGGUUUGGCACUAGUUGUAGAGGUCUAUUUUGGCACUAUCAUGAUGUUGACAAUGGAUUUCGCAUGA